AUGUCAGGCGGAAAGAAAACCCGAGGUCGUCAAAAGAUUGAAAUCAAAAAGAUAAGCAAUGAAAGAAGCAUGCAAGUUGCCUUCUCAAAGCGCCGUAAUGGGCUCUUCCAGAAAGCUUAUGAGCUUUUCACUCUCUGUGGGGCAUAUGUUGCUCUAAUUAUAUUUUCACCUAGUGGGAAGGUUUUUUCCUUUGGUAACCCCGAUCUUUAUACGGUCAUAGAUCGUUAUUUCUCACGGGUCCCACCUGUAAACAACAACAUUAGGCAAUUCAUUGAGGGUUUUCCUAGCACCAACGUGCGCGACCUCAAUGCUCAGUUGACUCAGGCCAAUGAUGCACUAGAUCGCGAAAAAAAGCGUGGCGAUGAUCUAAGUCAUAUUUGCAAGAUGAUUGAGGAUCCAUCUUGGUGGGCUUCACCCAUUGACGAGAUGAACAAGGAUCAACUUGAAUUGUUGAAGAAGGCUUUGGAGGAGCUGAAUAAAAAUGUUGCUGAACCAGCUGAUAGGCUUGAAAUCCUGGGUGCUCCUGCCCAAACUCAACAGGCUCAAAUGUCUCCACCACAUGUUUUUCAGAAUCCUAUGGGAGGAGGAGGAGGAGAAAAUGGACCCUCCUGA